AUGGAAAACCAGAGUACAGUGACUGAGUUUGUUCUCGUUGCCUUCCCUGUUCUCCAGAAGCUGCAGACUUUCCCCUUUGUAGUCCUCUUGUUAGCAUACAUGCUAACCAUAGCAGGAAACAUUGUCAUCAUUUCCCUGAUCUGGACAAAUUAUCGUCUCCACACCCCAAUGUAUUUCUUCCUCAGCAACUUGUCUUUUUUGGAUAUCUUGUUCACCACUGUCAUUGUCCCCAAGUUGUUGGCCUGCCUCCUUAAUGAGAGAAAAACCAUCUCUUUUGCAGGCUGCAUCACCCAAACAUAUUUCUAUUUCUUCCUCAGCACAGUUGAGUUUAUCCUUUUGGCCACGAUAUCAUUUGACCACUAUGUCGCUAUCUGCAACCCGCUACAUUACACCAUCAUAAUGAACAGCAGAGUCUGCCUCUUGCUAGUUCUGGAUUAUUGAGUGGGAGCUUUCCUAUCAGUAUUGUUUCCAACUAUUGUGGUGUCCAGAUUGCCUUAUUGUAACGAGGAGAUUAGCCACUUCUUCUGUGGCAUUGCCCCUCUGUUACAGAUUGCCUAUAUAGACACUCAUCUCAUCGAGAUUAUCCACUUCCUUUUGUCUUCUGUGGUUGUCCUGAGCUCCCUGGUACUCAAGACUGUGUCUUACAGCUACAUCAUCUCCGCUAUCUUGCGUAUGUCCUCAGCCCAACGCUGUCAAAAGGCCUUUUCCAUCUGUGUCUCUCACAUUACAGUUGUCUCCAUUGCCUAUGGAAACUCCAUUUUCAUGUAUGUGAGGCCUAACCAGAGCUAUUCAUUGGAUUUUGACAAAGUAACUGGUUUUACUACAGUGGUGACCCAUUUUCUGAACCCCUUCAUUUACAGCUUGCAGAAUGAAAAAGUGAAAGAAGUCCUGAAAGAGGCCAUCAGCAAAGUCAUUUUCUUACUUCCACAAGGAUCUCAACACUGA